AUGUGGUCAAAGCUUCUUCGUACGCAGCACGACUUUGGUACGCGUUACUGCUCAGUUGGAGAGGUGGCGUGUCUGUGGAACAGCGUGGACAUGCUGGUAUGGAAGAACUGGCGUGUGAAGCAGGGUGAAAGCCGCUUGAACCGCUGGCUGUACUAUGAGAGCUUGGGCUCAAGCACAGAAACUCAUAGCUUUUUCACCCGCCCGUUAGUUGAAGUAGCUUAG